AUGUCGUUCCCGCGGCGGCGCACGGCGGCGCGGCGCACGGCGGCGGCGGCGGCGGACGACACGCCGCAGAUUCUGGACGCGUUCAAGCAGUGCGGCAAGGACGGCACCAUCAUCUUCCAGGAGGGCACGUACAACAUCCGGCAGGUCAUGAACACGACGGACCUGCGCAACGUGAGCAUCGAGAUCCACGGCACGUUUGUGUGGAGCGCCGACAACAUCCAGUACUGGCUGUCGCACAGCUACAGCGUGACGUACGCGGGGCGGUCGACGGCGUGGCUGCUCGGCGGGCGCGAUAUCAGCAUGCGCGGCUUCGGGCGCGCGCUGUUCGACGGCAACGGCCAGGUGUGGAUCGACCAGAACCGCAACGCCGGCAACCAGAACGGCCGGCCCAUCUCGCUGACCAUCUGGCGCGCCAACAACGUGUUCAUCGACGGCAUCCGCUGGAAGAUGGCCCAGUUCUGGCACACGUUUGUCGCGCACUCGCAGAACAUCACCAUGACCAACCUCGAGAUGAACACGUCGUCCAACUCGCAGUGGAAGGCCGUCAACACGGACGGCACCGACACGUGGAACUCCAAGGACAUUGUCAUCCGCAACUGGACCGUGACGUGCCAUGAUGACUGCAUCUCGAUCAAGGGCAACAGCAGCAACGUGCACGUCAGCAACGUGACGUGCUACGAGUCGGGGGCCAUGUGCGUGGGCAGCAUCGGCAGCAACGCCGGGCAGCCCGACUUUGUCGAGAACGUCGUCUUCGAGAACGUCAGCCUCUACCACAGCUCCAACGCGGCGUGGAUCAAGACGUACCCGGGGACGGGCUACGUGCGUAACGUCACGUUCCGCAACAUUCACUUUGAGAACGUCAACCAGCCCAUCUACGUGACAUCGUGCAUUUACUCGUACCAAAACUGCGACAACUCGCGGCUCGGCAUCACCGACAUCCACUGGGAAAACAUCACGGGCACGUCGCGGUACAACGUGGCGGCGGCGAUCCACUGCAGCUCGCGCGCGCCCUGCGACGACCUGCACUUCUCCGAUAUCGACAUCAAGCCCAUGAGCGGCGGCACCGCCAAGGUUCUCUGCUCCAACAUCAAGAACCAGGCCUCGUCCGGCCUCGCGUGCACCGGCCCGUGUCCCGGUUCGCAGCCGCAGCAGCUCUCGGGCAAUGUUUGA